AUGACUUCUACUGCUGCAGCUACUGGUGCUACUAGCAGUGCUGCUGCUGGUAAGAGAGGACAUGGAAAUGAUCCUCUUGAGAUCACGACGACCUUUUCGUCUCUGUCGGACAACACUCCCAAUCCCACCAGUACUAGUGCUACUACGCCCAAGCGAGCCUAUGGCCAUGGCGCUGCUUAUAGCCAUGCUUAUACUCCAGUAAGCACUGCUACUGGUAGCACUCAUGCCAGUCGCAUCAAGAAGAAAAACUUUCUCGCCAAGGCCGCGGCGACGUACAAGGGAAGUGUCAUUACAGGUACCAGUCCUUCCCAUACACAUACUACAAGUACUAGUACUAGUAAGAAGAAGAUGAAGAAACCGGAUCAGUCCAGCAAGAGCACCCACAGCAGCAAAAGCACUACCAGUACUCAUACUACGGGACAGUCGGCACAGUCAGGACACACGGGACUCAGUAAGGGAGACUUUUACUCCGCCUUUUGUCACAGACUCAAGGGAGAACCAGCACCGCUUUCACCCAAGCGACAACAGCAAGAGAAUAACUACAAUUCACACACUCCUACUAGUAAACAACAACGAACCAUGCCGUCCCAACGAACCAACUUUCUACAAGAGUACAAUGAUCAUGAUGACGAUGAUGACAUGGGAGAAGAAAAGAAACAAGAUCAAACACCCACUUCCACCACGUAUUCCAAUAUCACCGCGCAAGUCAAUGUAUCCGUGGGGGCGGCGCCGAUCCAUCCCACCACGAGUCCGGAAACACAAAAUGCGUGGGAUCAGGCGUCCAAACGAACCACUUCUUGGAUUGACAGUAUGGAACCCGGCAAACGACAUCCAAAACAAGCAGGUCUCCAAAUGCCGUCAGACUCGGAUGAUACCAGUCUAUUUGUCGAGGAAAGCUUGAAAAUGCCCCCACUCAAACCGGCUCCAACCAAUCUACAACAACCACAACAACAGAAUCAAAAGCUACAAACCAUGGUACUUCCAAUCCCUCCUCCGACCUUACGGAACAAACCACCUUCGGCCGCCGAUAGUUCUUCCGGUCUUGCGUCCAUCAAUUCCAUUUCCCAAAUAUCACUAGGAUCGUCCAUUAUUCUCGCCACGCCCUUGCCCAUGGAACAGUUUCAACCACCGACACAAAAACAACAGGCGUCCUCGCAUAUGCAAGGAUACAGAGACAAGUUGCAAAUCUUUUUUGAUGACAACAACAACAACCAACAGCCGCACCCGUCAGUCGAUCCCAACAGUGUCGUCUUUCGAGCAGCGUAUGCGGCGGCUGCGCUUGAAGGGAAUCCACCCCAGUUGGAACAAAACAACAACAGCAGUCAAAAGAGUCUAUCAUCGCAAUCGCAACAAAAGAAGACUCUACCACAAAAGAAGACUUCCAACCGGAGUCUCAACAGCAGUAGCAACAACAACAGCAGCAACAGGAGUCUCAAGCAACAGCAGCGAGCUACACUCCAACAAAAGAUCAACUCGGCAAGGAGCAUCAACAGUUGCAACAGCAGCAAAGGGAGCAGCAGCAACAAGGAAAACAAUCAAAAUAGGGACAGGGAACUGCCACUCGCUGUUCCUUCGGGGUCAUCCAAUCGAGAAGAACAGUAUCGACGCAUUCAACAAAAUCAAAACUUGGGGAAAACUCCCAGUAACAGUAAGUUGCCACCACCCAAACGCAUGCCCAGCAGUGAUGAUGACAGCUAUGAUCCCGAUCUCGUCGAAGCCACCUUUACGUCCCAAAAUGAUAAUGUCGAAUUCACCACGCGAUAUCAAAAACUACAGAACCAAGUCGAGUUGGCGGCAGAAGCGGCCAAACGCAACAAGCAACGCAACCACGAUAGUGACAGCGAAGAUAGUUACGAUCCGACCGCCAUUGAACAAUCCAUGCGCAAUUCCGCAAAAGGCAAGGACAUGAUUACCAGUCCCAGUAUUGCACAAAUGAAUUGCAGUAUGAACGAAAGCAGUCAACGGCGGCAACUCGAUCGAUCGGCACCGUCGACACGAGAACAAUUCCUACAACAACAAGUACAAAAAGCGGCCAUGGUUGCCAAAAGCAAAACCAUUGCCGAAGGUGAUGGUGAUAAUAGUGACAGUGAUGAUAGUUAUGAUCCCGAUCAAGUUGAAGCCAGUCUCCAUUCCAGUAUGAACAAUGAUGGAAGUUCCCGCAGUAACUUGUCGUUGUCCAACAACAACAACAAAAAGAAUCUCGCCAAGGCAAAUAAUGUUCCUCCUCCACCCAAGCCUACCGCUGUGAAUCCGUACGCCACCAGUGAUGAUGACAGCGUUGACAGUUAUGAUCCGUCGAAACCACAACAACAACAAAGCCAAAGCAUCGUUCGACCGAGUUACGAUGAAGAGAAUCCAAGACCGCCACAGAGUAGUAAUACCCAGCAACAUGCAAAUCACAAUGUUGCCAAGGGAGGGGACGAUCAGGAUAACGAGCAGUCGAAAUGUUGCCAGUAUUUGCUCAUGGCGUUGCUCCUGAUUGGGACGCUGUGUGUAGCCGGUGGCUUGUAUCUGUUCUUUGGACCGGGUUUUGGAAGUGACAGCAGCGGAACGGAUGAAAAUGCCGUAAAUACACCAGUGACUCCAGCGCCAGUCUUCACGUACAUUCCAAAACCCAAAGAAGAACCGACAUCUGCUCCCACAGUCACGUACGAACCGACGUUUGGUCCAUCACCACUGCCCGUCUUCACGGGCUCUCCAACCGUGCCACCGCCUGUGGCAUCACCGGGGGAUUCUGUUGCGGUUCCUGCAACGCCCAAUCCAACAGUGGCCGCAACAACCAAAGCUCCCACUCUCAUGCCCUCGACGCCUCAACCCUCCUCCGAUGCUCCUUCUACUCUUCCACCUUCCACUAUGGCUCCCUCUACUUUGCAGCCGUCCACCGGUGUUCCCACCUCUUUGGCACCGUCCACAACGGGCCCCUCAUCGGGGCCCUCCGCGCAACCUUCUGUCAUCACUGUCGAAGAGACCGGCAGUCCAAGUUUGCGAGCAACCACCAGCGCCCCGUUAUUGACGACACUAGCACCAACCGAGCCAUCCGAUGGUUUAGCUGCUGGUGUUGUAUCGACAGGAAGACCAUCCGCGCAACCUAUUGCAACCGCCUCGCCCACCAUAGAGACAAGUCCCCCAACAGCAGGAGUUCCCGUAACGGAGUCUCCCACAUCAAUGGAACCGACUUCCUUGCCGCCAACGUCGCUGGAACCCACGCCUCCUGUUCCGUCGACCGCGUCACCCACUGUCACUACGUCGAAUGCUGUGGUGAUACCGUUUACUCCCUUUCCGACCACCCGAGAACCAACCACUCAAGUACCCGCUUCUUCCGCACCAACCACUCAAGAAGUAGUGAUGAUACCGUUUACUCCCUUUCCGACCACCCGAGAACCAACCACUCCGAAACCUUCCGUGCCAACCACACUGGGUCCCACUAGAGAACCAACGACCAAAUCUCCUUCUUCGGAACAGAUUGUGGUGUUGUCGGAACUUCCCGAUGAAACUUGGCAGCAUAUUGCCGAGAAUCCUGCCUCGGCGCAAGCACGGGCCUUUCGAUGGGUCGUGGAAGAUCCCAACUUGGACAAGUAUCCGCAGUGGCAACAAGUACAACGAUUUAGUUUGGUUACGACCUACUAUUCGUGGUUUGAUCCAGUCGUCACUUCCUUGGAACAAAACGUGGAAGCAUCUGAAGCCGACAACGGGCCUGGUCCCGUAGUCAAUCGGCCAGGUGGCAAUGAAUUCUCGAAUAACUUCAUACGUCCUUUUGGAGACCUGGAGGCGAUUGUCGUUGAGGGACAGCAAGUCAGCCGCAGCGGCGAAGUGUACAUGAACAAAUUGAAAGAACGCACCCAAGGUCUCGACCCGUUCAGCCGCCGUCACCUGCAGCAAGAAUUCGCAAGCUGGCUCGACUACGAUUACCCCGAGUGCCAGUGGUACUAUCUUCGUGGCAACUACAGUAGCGAGACCUUUUGGUUGGCUCCUUUGACUUCCCAACCAAAUCCAAAGGUUCCCUUCAAGGCUUGCAGUGACGAUGGUGCCUACGAGUCGCUUCAAGUUCCCAAGAGUCGAGAUCCCAGUCCCGGCACUGUGGUGGAUAUCUUCGUUGACGCGUUGCCUCCCGAGAUUUGUCUGUUGACGGACUUGACAUCCAUUCGAAUGCCCAGCAACAAAGUUCCCACAACUCUGGAGGAAUUCAUUCCUCAAAACAUGACUCAGUUGACGAAGCUGCGGGAACUCGAUUUCUCACAGAGCAACAUUCAAGAAUGGAGUCCUCAGGCGAUUGUCCGACUUCCCACUUCGAUUGAAGUGUUGGAUCUUUCGUUCAAUUCCAUGCAGGGAGAGUUGUUUUUGGAGUUGGGGCUGUUGAUGACUUCCUUGAGAGAAUUGUAUCUCAUGGGGAAUCAGCUCAGAGGAACGAUUCCUGUGGCCAUUCCCACGUGGACCCGGCUGAAAUACUUCUACAUGAGCGGUAACGAAUUGUCCGGGAGCCUGCCAUCGGAAAUGGGAUGGUUGAGCUCACAUUUGGAGGUUCUGAGUCUUUCCGCCAACAAGAUGCAGGGCACAUUGCCCACCGAGAUUGGUACCCUCGAGCUAUUGACUAGCCUGGAUUUGGAUAAGAAUCGCUUCAUUGGGUUUGUCCACUCUGAAAUCGGACGACUUACGAAUUUGGAAUACCUUGGUUUGGCGGACAACAACCUCCAAGGCCCCAUUCCAACACAGCUUGGACUUGUUUCGGGCCUCCAACAGCUUCGCCUUUCCAACAAUCUCGUGACGGGCUCAGUCCCGAGCGAGAUUGCUUUGUUGAGAAACCUCACCAACUUGCAAGCGUUUGGCAAUGCUCUGAUUGGCACGGUGCCAACCGAGCUGGGGACUUUGUCCGACAAUUUAUAUUCCAUUGAUCUGCAUGACAAUGCAUUGAUGGGGCCGGUUCCAAGUGAGCUCGGUCUUUUGACUUCUGUUAAUUUCUUGUAUCUAUACGAAAAUAUGUUAUCUGGAAGCUUGCCCACAGAGCUGGGUCUGUUGAGCAACGUGUCGUAUGUUGGUUUCGAGAGCAAUCGACUCGAUGGCUCGAUUCCAUCCGAGUUUGGCCUGAUGAAAGAGCUCCGAUAUGUGCAUUUGGCAGAGAAUGAUCUGACGUCGAGACUUCCGACCGAACUGGGAACGCUGUCAAGGUUAAAGUAUCUUUUCUUGGGCCAGAACGAGUUCACUGGUGAAAUUCCCAGUGAGCUUGGUCUCUUGACCAACCUCCGCUUUUUGGAUGUUGGAGGCCGCAGCAGUGGGAUUACGGGCAGCGUUCCUGCUGAAUUGUGCGCCCUCACGGACAUUACCAUCCGCAUCAGAUGUGCGCAAGUCGAGUGUGACUGCGAUUGUGAGUGCGCAUAG